AAACUUUUCCUAGUUGACUUUUUGCUCCUCCCUAUUCUCAAAUAGCGUGAAUGGUGGGUCUAUAAAAAGGCGACGGAUGAUGUUUGGGUCUUCAGUUGCAGAUCAAAAGAGCGACGUGAAAGAAAAUGCUUGCCUUUUCAAAGAUUCUGUGCGCAGUGGCAGUGGUGGCGGUUCUAGUGUCGUCGAUUGACGCCACCAAAAAAGGAAGAGGCAGAGGCAGAAGUGGUGGCUAUGGCGGUAGUAGCAUGAUGAGUUCCUACGUUCAGUCAUCCCAAGUCUACGGACAGGUGAUGUGCAUGGUACCGUGCGGAGGAGGUGGUGGCGGGUACAACACGAUGCAAUCGGGUGGUGGUCACGGGGGUGGCUACGGGGGUGGUCAACCAGCUCGUCCGAUGACCGGAAACAGUUACGGGGGCGGUGGGCAUUCUCCUCGUCCCACUUUAGCUAGUUCCGGAUAUGGAAGCUCCCAAGGUGGAUACGGUUCAGCUCCUCGUCCAGCUGCUCCUCGUCCAUCGGGAAAAGGUAAAGGCCAAUCUCGUCCGAUGACUGGAGGAUACGGGGGGCAGGCCGCUGCUUCGUCAACUGGUUACGGAGGUGGCCAUGCCGCUGUAGCUCCAGCUGCUCCUCGUCCAGCCGGUUACGGUGGUCAGUCUGCAGGUCACGCAGCUCGUCCCGCAGCAAGUGGAUAUGGUGGACAAUCUGCUGGGCAUGUAGCUCCCGCUCCUUCUGCAGGCUAUGGUGGACAACAUGCAGCUCCCUCAGCUGGAGGCUAUGGUGGUGUUCCUUCUGCUGGAGGACACGGUAGUCGCCCCGCUCCAGCUCCGGCUUCCGGAGGCUAUGGUGGACAACAUGCAGCUCCUGUUCACGCAGCUCCGGCUUCCGGAGGAUAUGGUGCUGGAGCAUCUGCUCCGGCUUCCGGAGGCUAUGGUGGACAACACGCUGCUCCCUCAGCUCCUUCUCACGCAGCUCCUGUUCACGUAGCUCCUUCUCACGCAGCUCCCGUUCACGUAGCUCCCGCUCAGGCUUCCGGGGGAUAUGGUGCUGGAGCAUCUGCUCCUUCAGCUGGAGGCUAUGGUGGUGUUCCUUCUGCUGGAGGACAGGGUAAUCGCCCCGCUCCGGCUUCCGGAGGCUAUGGUGGACAACAUGCUGCUCCCUCAGCUCCUUCUCACGCAGCUCCCGUUCACGUAGCUCCGGCUCCGUCUUCCGGAGGAUACGGUGCUGGGGCAUCUACUCCUUCCGCUGGAGGCUAUGGUGGACAUGCGGCUCCCGCAGCUCCUGUUCACGCAGCUCCUGUUCACGCAGCUCCUUCUCACGCAGCUCCCGUUCACGUAGCUCCCGCUCCGGCUUCCGGGGGAUAUGGUAGUGGAUCAUCUUCUUCUUCUGGAGGCUAUAGCGGACAUGCGGCUCCCGCAGCUCCUUCUCACGGAGCUCCCAUGGCCGGUGGUCAUGGUGCUAGCCAAGGUGCUUCUUUAGGAGCCAGUUAUGGUCGUUAAGUUAACAGCAGAAGAUCUUCACCAAUACUAUUUAGACCUGUCGACUUGUAUAAAGAGUUAUUCCCAACAAGUGCCUAUUCAGACGUUUAUAAGCCAUCAAUUAAUGUAAAUCAAUCCUGCACAUGAAUACACAUUUUUGAAAAUCUA